CGACUCGACUGGACUGGACUAAACUCUACAGUUCUACGAAGCACGCGCCCUCCGCCUCAUCUUUAUCUUCUUACCUGUCAUCACCUUCCCCGAAAUAUAACCCAUGUCCUACGCCCAAUAAUCCCGUCUUCUUCCUACCCGUCCGCCCGUUCCCCCCCUCCCCCCGAUCGUCAUGUCCACCGCCGCAACCUUCACCACCAUCGACGGGAGGCUUGAAUCCCCCGACGUGAAAGCCUCCACGCUCCUCUCCUCCGAACCCCUACCCUACUGGAACGUCAAUGUGCCGCUAUCCCAGCGGACGGCCGACUGUCCCAGCUAUCUACGCGACCUCUCGUCCAAGAAUAUCGAGAUCCUGUCGACCCCUGACGAGGAGUACCAGACACAGGGGUGGGAGCUAGCCAAAGAGAUCGUUCGGACUAACCGCAUUGAUCGGUUCCAGCGACUGCCCAGCGAACUGCGGCGGUAUCUCGAGUUCAAGGAGCGCAUCGUCGCGGAGCAUGGCUCGAUCAUGCGGUUUGUGGUCAAGGAGCGAUUGCGCUGGGGGGAAGGCACGGUCGAGGAUCUGAGGCCGAAGGGGAGGCCGUUUGAAUGCGAUGAGGACAUCCGAAUUCUAUACAACGACUGGCCGUAUGGCAUCGAAGAGGAUAUCGUCCAUCUGGUGGUGUGGACGAAAUUCGAACUGGAGGAUGACCCGGUCACGGAUGACUUGACGCCACGCGCGCGACAGGAAAUCGAGGAAUAUGUGCACCGGACGUUUUGCUCGCGGGUGCCGGCGGAUCAGGUCAUCUGGUUUAAGAACUGGAAGUCGCUCAAGUCGGUGCAUGCCGUCGAGCAUUUCCAUGUCAUGCUGCGUCAUCCCGAUGCGGCAUUCCUGAGGGAGAUCACCGGCGGCGAUGCGCCCCUGGGACGCCUGGAACUGUGACGACCGUGA